AUGACGGGUCACAGUCACAUCUUAUGGGGUGUGUUAUCACCAAAACGAUUUCCGAUGUUUGAGACUGCCACCACCAUAACACCCCGUGAAAUGUUUGACGUCUUUCGGACAUUGCACGCCGUUUUUCCCGAUAAUACGGAGCUACUCAUAAAAUUCGAACCGCAUAACCACGCGCUCAUGUCCAUAUUUUCAUCACAACUCCACCAACUGGAAUCAUCAUCACUGUUGACACGUUCCCACGGUGAGGGUGCAGUCAGUGAGUGA